AUGGCUUUACAACAUUCUGACCACUGUGAUGAGAUGAAUCCAAAAGGCUUUUCAUUUACUGAAAUCUGUUCCCAUACUUUUAAUAUUACUGAUCCAAAACAAUAUAUGAGCAAAGUGGGCAUUGGAAUUCUUGCGUGUCGGAAUGAAUUUAUCCGUUUCCUUGCUUCUCAAAUUGAUAUUCAUGAUAUGAGCAAUAAUAAUUAUGAGUUGAUCAAAACGUUUAAAUAUCCUUUUGAUCAGUUUGUCUGUACAUACAGUUUUGGAGUUACAUAUUGCGAAAAAGAUCAUUCAUGUCUAUUAACGAAUCUGGGAGUUAACGAAUACAGAAAACGCCUAAUCAAAAUGAGCUUGAGUGAUGGAUCUGUGAAAUGGAGCACAUUACUAAACAAUGAGAGUGAUGUAACUCCACACUUUCUUACUCCUGUCAUUGAUAGUAGAGGAAUUAUCUUUUUAGGCGACACAAAUUCUCAACAAAUUUAUGUGAUUUGCUGUGAUAGUGGUCAAGUUCUGGAAAAGAUUGGAGAUGGUUGUAGAAAGCAAUUUGCAAGCUCAGUCAAACAGUUCACAUAUUUGUCUUUGGACAGGAACGAUUGUUUACUUGCUUAUUGUGUUGGAACGAACGACGUUCCUAUUCUCAAGAUUUUCUCACGAAAUUUGCAACUUGUGAAAACCAUCCAACUUGAUGUGUAUUUGAUUGGACCCACGAUUUGGGAUCCUAUUUCAAGUGGUUAUUUAUUGCGUGGAUUUGAUAAGAUUUAUUUUGCUUCCAGAGAUUUCAACAUCCUUGCCCAACAAGCACUGGAAAACAUUCAAUAUUCAUAUUUUGCAAUUUCAAAUGGAGUGUUGUUUGUAUUUGAGGCACAUAAUAACAAAUUGACCUGUUACAAGUAA